AUGGAUCGAGAGCAAGAGGAGAUGCAACUUCUUGGUUUCUGUGGCAUCAUCAAGGAAUCCAUCAAGCUCAUCUUCACAUGGAGGAAGAUCUUCAGCCAAAUCACGCUUGCCCUCCUCCUCCCUCUUUCCUUCACCUUCUUGGCUUACACCGAGACUUCUCACUUCCUCAAGGCAAAGAUCCAGCAUGAUCAGAGUGCACUCAACCACGCCAAAGCCGGCACUCCCAAAUACAAGAUGCUCUCCAACCUUGUGACCUCGGACAUAAUUGAGCUCAGUCUCUCCAGGGUGGCCUACUGCAUCCUUGUUCUAAUGUUUUCUCUUCUUUCCAUGUCCACAGUCGUGUACACUAUCGCAUGCGUGUACACCUCGAGACCCAUCACUUUUGGGAGAGCGAUCAGCGUCGUCCCAAAGGUGUGGAAGAGGCUCAUGGUCACAUACUUAUGGGGUUUUCUUGCUACCAUAGUCUACACCAUCUGUACCACCGUGACUAUCCUAAUCUGCUAUCUCUUGUUGGAUCUUCUUCACUCUCCUGCCAUUAAACUAACCCUAGGUUUCAUCCUUCUCAUCUUAUCCCUCUUUGGGUUGGCGUACAUCAAUGUCAUUUGGCACUUGGCAGGUGUGAUUUCAGUGCUUGAGGACAUCUAUGGCAUUCAGGCCAUGUUCAAGAGCAAGAACAUGGUCAAGGGGAAGACGGGGAUCUCAGUAGCUAUCAGCCUCUUGCUAACCAUUGUGCCCGUGGCAAUCCAUACAGUGCUCCGCAUCUUUAUGGCCAAUGGAUACGAAUUUGGGUUCUUAAGGUUCGGAAUUGCCACUCUUUCUUUCUUGCUUCUCCUCGCGUCGACUCUCAUCAGCCUUGUCGCGCAAACCGUUAUCUACUUUGUGUGCAAGUCGUACCACGACGAGAACAUCAACAAGUCGGCACUGCUUUUGGACGAAUAUGUUCCUCUUCAAGCUAACGACGUAUUAUCAAAACAAGUCAACGUGUAA